AUGUCAAGUAUUAUUAGCAUUGCAAAGAGGAAAGGAGCUUUCCAACAAUCGAUUGAUGCUGGUUUUGAGUCAGGAAGCGAAGAUGAAGAUGUAAACAUGUCGGAUUCGAUAGACAACGGUCCUACGCAUACCCAGGAGUCUAAUUCCACAGAGGGACACAUUGUGACUCCAGGUGAACUGGUUACAGAUGAUCCAGUUUGGAUGAGAGGUCAUGGUACUUAUUUUCUGGAUAAUAUGACCUAUUCAUCAGUGGCAGGUACUGUAUCAAGGGUCAAUAGAUUACUUUCAGUUGUACCGUUGAGAUCUAGAUACACUCCAGAGACUGGUGACCAUGUCGUGGGACGUAUCGCAGAAGUCGGUAAUAAAAGAUGGAGAGUUGACAUCGGUGGUAAACAACAUGCAGUGCUCAUGUUAGGUUCGGUGAAUUUACCUGGUGGGAUAUUAAGGCGGAAAUCUGAAAGUGAUGAGUUACAAAUGAGAAGUUUCCUCAAAGAAGGUGAUCUACUAAAUGCUGAAGUGCAAUCUUUGUUUCAAGAUGGUAGUGCCUCCCUCCACACAAGAUCAUUAAAGUACGGGAAAUUAAGAAACGGUCAAUUUUGCCAAGUACCAUGUUCAUUGAUUGUUAGAUCGAAAAACCACACACACAAUUUGCCUGGUAAUGUCACGGUAGUACUCGGUGUCAACGGAUACAUAUGGUUGAGAAAGACUUCGAAAAUGGAUAUGGCAAGAGACGCACCUUCAGGUAUAUCAGCUCCGGGUCCCUCCAACGGUGCCCCCAUAGGCGCAAAGACAUUGAGGUCAUCUGAUAGCGUUUCCAUUACUAGAUUAGAAGAAGAAUCGUCUUGGCAAAUAUAUUCUGAUGAAAAUGAUCCCACCAUCUCCGUAUCGUUAAGACAGACCAUUAGCCGUUAUGCAAACGUGAUAAAGGCGCUUGCCUUUUGUGAGAUUGAUAUAACGCAUGAACGUAUUGUAAGCGCAUAUGAAGCAAGUAUGGUUUACCCCAGUGUGGGUUCAUUGAUAGAUAGGGAAGUAAUGGAAACUAUCGGUCAAGAUGUAUUAACAGCAGAAAAGAUGAGAGGAACACCAUCUUAA